AUGUCGGAAAGAAAUGAUGAUGAUCCGGUGCAGACAAGCACCGAACAAAUGAAAGAAAUCAUUGCCGAAGAAGUGGGAAAGGCAAUGGAGGGUAGUCUAUCGGGGUUAAUAGACAAAAUUCAAAAUACGGUGUUGUCACUUGUCGAAGAACGAGUCAAAAGAUUGGAGGAUAGUGUCAACCUCUUGAGAGAGAAACCGGGAGAACGUAAAGGUUGUUCAUACAAAGACUUUAUGGCGUGUAAACUGCCAAUCUAUAAUGGAGAGGUCGACCCGAUAAUUUGCCAAAGAUGGUUGGGUGACAUUGAAGGGGUGUUUGAAAGGACCCAUUGCGACGAAAGUGAUUUCGUUGCUUACGGAACGGGUCAGUUGAGAGGACAAGCCAAGGAUUGGUGGGAUAAUAAAAAGAACGAAAUAGGGGCCGAAGCGGCAAGGGCCAUGUCAUGGGAAGAGUUUAAGACGCCAUUUCUUAAACAUCAUAGUCCCAAGGCGGUCAUAAACAAAAUUAAGGAAGAGUUCAUGCAACUCAGGCACAAGGGGGAGACCAUAGACAAAAUCACGGCGACCUUUAUGGACAAGAUGAAGUUUUGCAGUGAAUUGUAUGAGACCCUUACCGAGAUCAUAAAUGUUGCUCGAGAACGGGAAAUCGAGCUGAAGAAACAAGUCGAAAGGGGGGAACGAAGGGCACAGGAUGUAAAUCCAAACCCUACAAAGAAAGCUCGAACAGGGGAAUUGGGAAAGAAGAUUGAUGCUAAAGGCGGAUCGCCAAGCUGCAAGGUGUGUGGGAAAGGGCACAAGGGGGAGUGCCGCUUUAAAGAUAAACCAUGUCUUAUAUGUGGGAAAACGGGUCACACGACAUCUCUGUGUCCGGGUAAAGUCUCAGUUUGUUAUAAGUGUUAUCAGCCCAGCCGCAAAAAGUCCGAAUGUCUGGACCUAAUUGGAAAGAAAGAUGUGAAGGAAUCGCCAGCAGAAGCUCCAAAGGCAAAGGCUAGGUCCUUCCAACUUACUGCGGCUGAGGCGAAAACAGAACCCGAUGUGGUCUCAGCUUUCAUGGAUCUCAUGAACCAGGUUUGCAAUUCUAUGUUAGACAAGUCGGUGAUAGUGUUUAUUGACGACAUCUUGAUAUACUCAAGGGAUGAAGCGGAACACGCAAGACAUUUGCGUGAAGUAUUGGAGACGCUUAGAAAAGAAAAAUUGUAUGCAAAGUUUUCAAAAUGCGUCUUCUGGUUGCGAGAGGUGCAAUUUCUCGGGCACGUCAUUAAUGCAAACGGGGUGUUAGUAGACCCGUCGAAAAUAGAAGCCGUGGCAAAAUGGAAUCCACCAAGGAAUCCUUCGGAAAUCUGA